AUGUUAACUAGUAGAGUGUGUGAAGAAUUUGCUACUUUGUGGAGGAUUUUCCCCGAUGAUUUAAAAGAAUCUAAAGAUUAUAAUUUUAAUUCUUCAAUGCUCAAGAAACAUUGUCCUGAUAGAAACUGCAAUAACGAUAUCGAUAAGAUUCAUGCUGGGUGUUUAUGGUUAUUUAAUCAAUUUUAUGGGAAUAUUAUAAAUUUUACGAAUAAAGCAAAUGAAAAUAUUAAUCUUUUUACAUACAUUAUGACAUGGAUAAGUUAUAAGUUAAAUCAAAAACCACAAAUCGGAAUCAACAAGUUUAACGACUUUUAUAGUAAUCACAUGCAAAAUGUCGAGGAGUAUAAAACGCAUAUAGAUGGUGUUACGAAGUAUACAAGUUAUAUUGAUCUUAUAGAUAAAAAACAAGAUUUGAUGAGUAUUAAUAUUAAUGAUAUGUCUGAAUUUUAUGAUGCAUUUAAAAUAUUAUGCAAUAUGAUUAAUAAUUCUAGUAAAAUCGAAAUAUAUUUAAAACAUGCUGAAGAAUUUGUUAGUAAACAUAAAGAGCUUAUUGAAAAUUCUAGUAAUAUUCAAGGCAAUUCAUAUAACAAAAUGUUGUCUAUAUUAUCAGAUGAUUAUACUAAUUAUGGGAAAUCUACUGCUUAUUCUGAUAUACGAAAUAAACUUCCAGAACUUACAAAGGAAAAAAAAAAACAAAUGCAUGUUUCCUCGAGUGAAAUAUCACCCUCAAGCUCUGAAAAUGAAGUAUCAAAUUAUGAUUCAACUUCACCCUCAAAUUCUGAAACUGAAGCAUCAAAUUAUAAUUCAACAUCACCAAGUUCAUCACUUGUAAAUAAAUUAAUUUCAAUUCCACUUAUAUUUAUUGCAACAUUAAUUUUUUUAGGAAUUGCAUAUAAGUAUUCGUUAUUUGGAUUUCGGAAACGACCUCAAAAACAUUUAAGAGAAAAGCUAAAAAAAUAA